AUCUCAUAUGUAGGAGCACAAAGAUCUGUCUCAGCAGAAGGAAAUACAGAAACACCAUCGCCAUGGAUUACUCCUACCCACAGACCCACCAAGACGAUCAAUCCCAAUACCGCCAGCAGCAGCAGCAACCCUACGACCCCUCAAGAAUCCAAUGUUACGACCAAUCCUACCAAUCCUAUUAUCCCUACAACCACCCCCAACAAUACGACCACCAACAACAAUACCAACAAUACUACAAUCCCACCCCCACCACCACCACGUCCCAAGAUUACGCCACCGCCCACCACCAUCAAUACCAUCACGAACCCACUUCUAUUCAUCCUCCGGGGGUCCCAAUUCCAGCCGAACAGUCACAAACGGCAGAUCCUGACCCCACCCAUUUGCGGAGUGCGUAUUACCCACAUGGGGUUGCGGAGGAUCAGAAGCAGCAGGUGGAUUCGGGUUCUGGUUCGGGCUAUGGUGGGUUGAAUCCGGCGGCCGUGGCAGCGCUUUCUCUAACUGGGAACAUCGAGGCGGCGCAGCGGGCUGCACAACGGCCUAUUGGGCAUACUCCAUAUAGAGGUGGAGGUAGGAGGGGUAAUAGGCCCUUCCGGGGGGGUGGUCAGGGCCAUUUUGGUUACAAUGGUUCUAGACCAGAUGGCUCAGCAGCCCCUUUCCGUGGUAGGGGACGUGGCCAGGGUGGUGGUAGGCACUUUCAACAGUAUGGUGCUGCAUCAACCAAUCCAAAUUCAGCAUCUGUACCUGCUGAAGGUGUAGCUGCUUUAAUGCAGCCACCUUCAGCAUUGGUUCCUGGGCAGGCACCAUUACCAACACAAGUGUCUUCUGCUUCAUUCUGGCGACCUCCUCGUUUGGCUUGGUGUGAACUUUGUAGGGUUGACUGCAACACUCCUGAAAUCCUUGAGCAGCAUAAAAAUGGAAAGCGACACAAAAAAAAUAUGCUGGUACAUGAGGAGUUGCAGAAAUGCAACAAAGUCAAUACUGAACAGCAGAAUGCUCAAAUGCCCAACACUGAAUUAAAACCAGAAGUUGAUAACCCUGUGAGAGUUAAGGGAUUUGAGGAAGAACAACCCUUACAAGAAAAUAUAAUAUCUGGAGUAGUUACUGAUGAUAAUAGAAAUGAAACAGAUCAGAAAGAUACGGGCGCAACUUCUGAAGCUUUUGUAGAACCUGGGAACAACUCCAGCGGUCAACUUGCAGGCCGAGGACGUGGUUCUAAGCGUAGGAUGCGAGGGGGUCGAGGGGGUAAGUAUAUAAGGACUAAUGACGGAUCCAGAAGACCAGUUGAGCCUCCCAAACCAAAACAAGUUCCUUUUAUAUGUGAAUUGUGCAAUGUCAAAUGUGAGUCACAGGUGGUUUUUGAUAGUCAUGUGAGCGGUAAAAAACAUUUAGCGACUCUCAAGCGGUUUCAAGGCCACCGUGCUUUGUAUGGAGAUGAGGGUCUUCAAGCACUUUACCCACCUAACUUAACUGUUGCAUCAACUUCAGCUGCCCGCCCGGUCCAGCAAGCUGUCAAUGAUCCUCAGGCCCCCUUGGCGCAACUGUUGGUGAACUACGUGCUCUCUCAAACCCAAGCACAAGGGAGUGCAGCACCUCCAGAACCAGCAUCUGCUGUGGCACCAGUUCAAGGAACAAACAGCGGAAUCUGGAAUCAACUGGAUUCACUGAUUCAAGGAGCACAAGCGGUGUGUCAAGACGGAAGCCAAAAUGCAGUUAUAGAGCAAAUCAAGAAUCUGCUGCAGUCGGUCCAGACACACUGUGAAUCCCCAGCAGCCGGGAAUGCAGACAAGAACAUUGGGAAUGGAACUUCAGAGUUUAAUGGGAAGGAGGCAAGUGGUCCCAUAAAUACUUCAGGUGCGGUGGCAAUAGAGAAUCCAGGCACAGGUGAGGAAGGUUCUGGAGCAGCAUUGGGCAAGAAAUGCGAAGUUCCGGCCUCAGAUCCGUUUGUUCAGCCACAACCCGAAGACCACAUGUAGGGAGUCAGCCAGAGUCGAGAAGUAACGAGCCGACGGAUUAGAUACAGUUUGAUAUUUUUGUAUGACGGAAUAAGAUACGCCAGUUUAAGCCAUAGUAAAGUUUUAUGUUACAUUGAACUCAAUGGUUAUUUACUUUUUGACGUGGGAUGUCGAGGAUUUGCCCAUGUCUUCCUUUUUCUAAA